UAGUUCAGUUUAUUUCAGUUCAACUCCUAAUUUCCUUCUCUCAUAAAAUAUUUAUUUUCAGCUCUAUUCUGUUCAAUUCAGUUCAGCUCAGUUGAGUUCAAUAAAUGUGAACGGGUCUUAGGGUCGUGUGUUGUGUAUUUAAUAAGAUGGACCCCUUUUGAAGAGGGAAAAAAACCCAUAAAAUCAGAGUCUUCUAAUAAAACACUGACUUUGAUGCAACGACGUCGUCGUUUUAGCGGGAGAAACUGAAAAACAAAGAAAAGUACUCAUCAUCUUCAUCCUCAAGAUUCAAGAACACACGAAAAUAUUGAAAAACCUUCAAUUUUUCAUUUUAAAAAAAUAAUAAUAAAAAUUUAAAGUUGCUUCGAUUUGACAUUUCUGAUACGUCUUUCUCUCUCGUCUUUAUCGUUGUAACUACUAUAAAUACAUCAUUCAAUUUCCAUUUUUUCAUUCAUUCAUUAAUACUACUAUUUUUCAAUCAAAUUGAUUUGGGGAAUUUUCCAGAAUUCUCUCAAUUUCGCACAUUACCUUAAACCCUAAGUUACCGAUUAAUUUCUGGAAAUCGGCGAAUUUGCAUCAAUUUUGAGCUAAUUUUUGUGAUCAAAAGCGAAAUGUCAUGGGGAUUAGGUUGGAAAAGACCGUCGGAAGCAUUCCAUUUGACGCUCCAUUUCGGCGAAGAAGCGGAGGAUGAUGAAGAUGAAGAGGAGAGAGAUUCAAUUGUUGUGGUCGACAAUGGCGGCGAUUUCUCGAAGAAAACGGUGGAGAUGGAUUGGACAGCAGGAGACGAUGAGGAUCAGGUGGCGUUGAGGUUGCAGUCGAAGUUAAUGGUGGAGAUGCCGCCACCGGAGGAUACGGUUGUUGUUGAAUUGGAGGAGAGAGAAAAUGAUGGCGGAGUUGCGGUGGAGAUGAAGGUUGUGAGGAGAAGAGAGCCAUUGAGAGCGAUUACAAUGGGGAAAACUGCUGGUUCUGGUCAGCAGAGUGAUGGCAUUGGGGUUUUGACGAGGUUGUUGCGGUCUAAGGUUGCCGCGACAGCGGUGGCUACUGGUGUUGGUGAUGGUUGUGUGAAUUUUUCAGACCAUUGGAAUACUGUUACUGCUUUGAGUCUUUGUGGUUGUGGUAUUUCUGUGUUGCCAGUGGAAGUGACAAAACUUCCUUUACUUGAGAAGCUAUACCUUAAUAAUAACAAGCUAUCAGUUCUACCUCCUGAAGUUGGUCAGCUCAAAAACUUGAAAGUUCUAAGAGCUGAUGAUAACGCUCUAGUCUCUGUUCCAGUGGAGCUAAGACAGUGUGUUGGACUUGUGGAGCUUUCACUGGAACAUAACAAGCUGAUUCGUCCAUUACUAGACUUCAGGGCUGUGGCUGAAUUGCGUGUUUUAAGAUUGUUUGGAAAUCCACUUGAGUUCCUUCCUGAAAUUUUGCCGCUACAAAAACUGCGUCACUUAUCUCUUGCCAAUGUCAGAAUUGUUGCUGAUGAACAUUUAAAAUCAGUGAAUGUGCAAAUAGAGACAGAGGCAACUUCCUAUUUUGGUGCAUCUAGACACAAGCUUAGUGCCUUUUUCUCCCUUAUAUUCCGAUUUUCUUCUUGCCGGCAUCCCCUAUUGGCAUCUGCACUGGGAAAAAUCAUGCAAGACCAAGAUAAUCGUGUUGUAGUUGGUAAAGAUGAAAAUGCAGUCCGUCAGCUCAUUAGUAUGAUCAGCACUGACAACCAUCACGUGGUUGAGCAAGCAUGCUUUGCCCUUUCAUCUCUUGCUGCAGAUGUAUCUGUUGCAAUGCUUCUAAUGAAAUGUGAUAUCAUGAAACCUAUCGAAGCUGUUCUCAGAUCUGCUGUUGAGAAGGAAUUAAUAUCUGUGCUACAAGUCGUGGAACGCCUUGCUUUUGCUUCUGAUGCUGUAGCUCAGAAAAUAUUCUCCAAGGAUGUAAUGAAAUCAUUGAAAUUAUUAUGUGCCCAUAAGAAUCCAGAGGUCCAAAGAUUAGCUCUGUGGGUGAUUGGAAAUUUGGCUUUCUGUUUAGAGAAUCGGAAAAAGAUGGUUACUUCCGAAAGUCUGCGGGAACUUCUUAUGCGCCUGACAUCCACAGCUGAGCCACGGGUCAAUAAAGCUGCUGCUCGAGCCUUGGCAAUUCUUGGAGAGAAUGAGAUACUACGACGUGCCAUAAAGGGGAGACCAGUAGCAAGGCAAGGGCUUCGGAUACUCACGAUGGAUGGGGGUGGAAUGAAAGGUCUCGCAACUGUGAAAAUCCUGAAAGAAUUGGAAAAGGGGACAGGGAAACCGAUACAUGAAAUGUUUGACCUCAUAUGUGGCACAUCAACUGGUGGUAUGCUAGCUGUGGCUCUUGGGAUCAAAUCAAUGACAUUGGAUGAGUGUGAGGAAAUAUACAAGAAACUUGGCAAACUUGUUUUUGCUGAACCUGUCUCUAAAGACAGCGAGGCAGCAACUUGGAGAGAGAAGUUGGAUCAAUUGUACAAAAGCUCAUCUCAGAGGUUCAGAGUUGCUGUACAUGGAGCAAAACACAGUGCAGAUCAAUUUGAGAGAUUGUUGAAAGAGAUGUGUGAUGAUGAAGAUGGAGACCUUUUGAUAGAUUCUGCUGUGAAAAAAAUACCUAAAGUUUUUGCUGUAUCAACUCUAGUUAGCGUGGUUCCUGCACAGCCUUUUGUAUUUCGGAAUUACCAGUAUCCAUCUGGAACUCCGGAGAUGUACCUGUCACCCUCUGAAAGCUCAGCAAUCAGUAUGUCAGGUGGAGACAACCCAAAUGCGGAAGUUGGAUAUAAACAUAAUGCUUUCAUUGGGAGUUGUAAACACAAGGUCUGGCAAGCUAUAAGAGCUUCAUCUGCCGCACCAUAUUAUUUAGAUGAUUUUUCAGAUGAUGUCAAUCGCUGGCAAGAUGGUGCUAUAGUGGCAAACAACCCUACCAUUUUUGCUAUACGGGAAGCUCAACUUUUGUGGCCUGACACUAAAAUUGACUGUUUGGUUUCUAUUGGAUGUGGCUCCGUUCCAACAAAGGCACGGAAGGCUGGUUGGCUUAUUUGGGAUACGGUGCCAGUGUUAAUUGAGAGUGCAUGUUCAGUGGAACGAGUUGAGGAAGCUUUAAGUACACUACUACCGAUGCUUCCUGAUAUACAAUACUUUCGUUUUAAUCCUGUUGAUGACCGUUGCGAUAUGGAGCUGGACGAAACCGACCCUGCUGGUUGGCUGAGGUUGGAAACAGCCGCAGAGGAUUACGUCAAAAAUAAUUCAGAAGCAUUCAAAAGUGUUUGUCAGAGGCUAACGUUGCCAUACCAACAGGACGAAAGAUUUUCAGAUGGUGUGAAAUCUCAAAAUCUGUCAAAAUCAAAGCCAGAGAAUGAUGAUGGUAGUCCUUCCUUGGGAUGGCGGCGGAACGUACUCCUUGUGGAGGCUUCUAAUAGUCCAGAUUCUGGAAGAAUCACACACCAUACAAGAUCACUUGAAACAUUUUGUUCCCAUAGUGGAGUAAGAUUGUCUACUGUAACAGGAAUGUCAAAUUCUCCUAAGCCGGUGACUGGUACUUCCAUCAACUCACCAUUUGCAUCACCUAUGUUUACUGGAAGUUUUCCAUCAAGCCCAUUACUGUACAGUCCAGAAGUUGCGCAGAGGAUUGGCCGAAUUGACUUAGUUCCUCCUUUGAGCUUGGAUGGCCAUCAGGCUCCAAGAUCAACUGCUUCACCUCCAAAGUCUCCUUCAGGACCCAGGCAGCUGUGCUUGCCUGUGCAAUCAUUGUUGAAUAAGCUGAAGAAUUCACCACAAGUCGGCAUUAUUCAUUUAGCGCUCCAAAAUGACACUACUGGUGCAAUUUUGAGCUGGCAGAAUGAUGUAUUUGUGGUUGCUGAACCUGGGGAGCUUGCAGACAAGUUUGUACAGAGUGUUCGCUUUAGUUUGUUGUCAACUGUUCGGGGUAGAAAGGAGAUGUCAAAACUUAACUCCAUCUCAACCAUAGCUGACCUGGUGGCAUAUAGGCCUUAUUUUCAAAUUGGAUGUGUUGUCCAUCGGUAUAUAGGACGCCAAACCCAGGUUAUGGAAGAUGACCGUGAAAUUGGGGCAUUUAUGUUUCGGAGAACUGUCCCAUCCAUGCAUCUAGUGGCUGAUGAUAUCCGCUGGAUGGUUGGUGCCUGGAGAGAUAGAAUUGUAAUCAGCACAGGAAGAUACGGGAUGGUUAAGCCCUUAAUUAAGGCCAUUCUAGAUUCUGGUGCAAAGGCUGUUAUAUGUCCAUCCAGUGAACCUCCUCAGAUGCAAUUAGCGUCAUUCCAUGGAUCAGGCGAUUUUGAUGAUUUGGAGAAUGGCAAAUUUGAGCUUGGGGAGGACGAUGCAGAAGAUGAAGAACCAGCAGAACCAGGGAGUCCUAUCAGUGACUGGGAAGAUAGUGACCUUGAGAAAAGUACAGAAAAUACAUCAAAGGCUUUCUGGGACCACGAGGAAGAGGAAUUGUCCCAGUUUGUUUGUCAUUUAUAUGAUUCAGUGUUUCGGGAAGGAGCAAAUGUGCAUACUGCACUGCAAAAUGCGCUUGCUUCACAUCGGAAGUUGAGGUAUUCAUGCCAUCUACCAAGUACGUCCUAGUUGUUUAAGUAGAAUACACACACAGAUGAUAUGUUAAUAUUCGAACGUUAUUAUACUGAAUGCCAAUACUUAUAAGGGGAUUAGGGAAGGCAAUAAAAGUAAUACAGGGGUGUCGGAAACUAGUAAUAAUUGAUUAGGCUAGUCUCUACAACCCACCCCCAUCCCCGCUGUUUUUUUUGGGAGUCAUAACUGUGUAUUGUGUCUGUCACAUUGGAACCUCGGAAAAUUCUUGACGAGUGUAAAUUUAUAGAGAAAUCAAUUUUUGAAUUCUUAUACUCAUAUUGGAUA